GGAGGGGAGUGUGCAGCGCUGCCGCUGCUCUCACAGCAGCAUCUGGCAGCAGCUUUGCCAAGCUCCGCGCUCCGAGCAUCCCGAUCCCGCAGCUGGAAUCGGCGCGGGCACGGCAGCAGCGCCUCAUGGGUUCAUCGCUCCGCCGCUCCCCGUUCGUUCCUCCCUCUCGGCAAUAAUUCAUUCACCUGAGGGCUUUGCUUCUCCCCACCUCCCCCUCUCUCACCUCGCUUUUUUUUUUUUUGAUGCGGAGAGAGGGGAGGAAAGGGCGUUGUGGGCAGCGCGGAUUUCUCUGGGCGGCUUAAAGAGAGCCAGAGGAGAGAGAGAAAGAAAGAAAGAAAGAGGGAAGGAAAAAAAAAAAAAAGAAAAAAAAGAAGAAGACGGCAUAAAGCGGCGGCGGGAGGAGAGGAGGAGAGGAGAGCGGAGGCUCCCGCGGUGGCCGGAGCGGGGCGCGGAUUUCCCUGGGCAGCUUAAAGAGAGCCAGAGGAGAGAAAGAAAGAAAGAAAGAGGGAAGGAAGAAAAAAAAAUAAAAAAAAGAAAAGAAAAUAAAUACAAAAAGAAGCAGACGGCAUAAAGCGGCGGCGGUGUGAGGAGAGGAGGAGAGGAGCGCGGAGGCUCCGCGGUGGCCGGAGCGGGGCGCGGAAUUCUUUGCGCAGCUUAAAGAGAGCCAGAGGAGAGAAAGAAAGAAAGAAAGAGAGAGAGAAGGAAUUAAAAAAAAAUAUUAAAAAAAAUAAAAUAAAUAAAAAAAUAAGCAGACGGCAUAGAGCGGCGGCGGUGGGAGGAGAGGAGAAGAGCGCGGAGGCUCCGCGGUGGCCGGAGCGGGGCGCGGAGCGGCCGCGGGUGCGCACCAUGGGCUGGCGGCUGCUGCUGCUGGCCCUGGCGCUGGGCGGCCGCGUCGCCUCCGCGCAGAACGACACGGAGCCCAUCGUGCUGGAGGGCAAGUGCCUGGUGGUGUGCGACUCCAACCCGGCCCCCGACGCCAAGGGCUCCUCGUCCUCCUCCUCCUCCUCGCCGCUGGGCAUCUCCGUGCGCGCCGCCAACUCCAAGGUGGCCUUCUCGGCCGUGCGGAGCACCAACCACGAGCCCUCCGAGAUGAGCAACAAGACGCGCAUCAUCUACUUCGACCAGAUCCUUGUAAACGUGGGCAAUUUUUUCACACUGGAGUCUGUCUUUGUAUCACCACGGAAAGGAAUUUACAGUUUCAAUUUCCACGUAAUUAAAGUCUACCAGAGUCAAACAAUUCAGGUGAACCUGAUGCUGAAUGGGAAGCCAGUGAUCUCUGCCUUCGCUGGGGACAAGGACGUCACCCGUGAGGCCGCCACCAACGGGGUCCUGCUCUACCUGGACAAGGAGGACAAGGUUUACCUGAAGCUGGAGAAGGGCAAUCUGGUUGGUGGGUGGCAGUACUCGACGUUCUCUGGCUUCCUGGUCUUCCCCCUGUAAAGUCCAUGUUCCCGUGGCGUUGGUCCAGGUGUGGAAUCCUCCUUGUUCCAUGAAGAUCCUUCCUGUCAUCAUGGAGUGAUGGUUCUUUAUUGCUUCCUCCUGGGUGGUUUUGGAUUCGCUCCAUGGAUUCCAGCCCCAUCUGAACUGCUCAGAAGUUCCACAGAGUUUUGUGUGUCCAAACACGAUAUCUUUGGCCUGAGACUAAAGCAGACAAUGAAUAUCAACGCUUAAGGUUUCAGCCUAGAGCUGCCUGCAAGAUUUACUCCAAUUUCCCUUCCUGGAUUCGGGGAAGAAAUGGAUUUUCUUUAACUGUGAAAAGACUGGCGCCGAGUCUUUCAUGCAGGAGGGUUUGAGCUCAGACUUCAAGCAAGAGUUAGCGCGCUGCUGCCAAAGAGCUGUGUUGAUGUGUUGGCCGUGUUUGUGUCCUGGGCUGCACUGCCAUCGCCAUUCCCCCGUCCUAGAGAGGUCAUUCCUGUUGCUGAGGGCCGGCUCGAGCUCUCCUCUCUGUGCUGUGUGUUGGAUGGUUCACCCAAAUAUUUAACUCAGUCCCAGCCAAGUCCGGGCUCCACGGCUCUGAGGGGUCGUGGAUGUGCUUUGGUUGGGUUUGGAAGGGAUUCCUCUUUCCCACUGAUUCCUAAAAGGAAAAGCAGAUUCCAACCAUUGGUGGGCACGCAGGCACGGCUUUGCUGAACAGCUCUGCCCUGCAGGACGCCUCACACUUGUUCUUCAAUUUUAAUUAACUUGAUUGAUAAUUACUGCUUUAUUGAGCUCCCGAGGGAUUCCUUCCUUAGACACAACCACUUUGUCAGCUGGAGAUGAGAUCCCCCUUGUUCGUAUUUCUGUGUAUUUUCCAGCCCUUCUGUUGUGUUGAAGGUCUUAUCUGGUUUUGCCUUAACUCCACAGGUGUAUAAAAUAUUAGAUUAUAUGUUUAACAAAUAUAAAAGGCAAAUAACUGGUACCUAACUUGGUGCAAAACCUUCCCAGAUUUUUGUACAGGUCAUGUGAAUUCAUAAACUUAUUUAUUGUCAUAUUGUUCCAUAAUAAAGAUUAAUAUAUGUUAGCUGAAUUUUUGACAUUUGGAUUUUGGGAGGAUUUUCGCUUCAUACUAUUUUUUUAUUGGAUAUAAUUAUUAUAUGCAAAAUGGAAGCUUUUGGGAUUCACAGAAAAUAUCCCAGGAGGCAGAAAAGCUGCCAUGAGUUAGUUAGUAAUCAGAGUGAUCUAGAAAUAACUAUGCAUUUCAUUUAAAAAUAGAAUUUAGGCAGAAAUCCUGGCCUCACUGAAGAUGGUGUUGAGAAUCACAUUGAUUCCAAUGGAUUUUGGAUGAAACCUCUGCUUUAGGUUCUGCCAUCAGCAUCAAACUCCAGUGCCAUCAGGUUGAUAUAUUCAAUAUUCAAUAUUCAAUAUUCAAUAUUCAAUAUCCAAUAUUCAAUAUUCAAUAUUCAAUAUAAUGAUUUUCACAUGAGCUGCUAACGAAACCUUCAUCCCUCGUGCCCCAAAUCACUGAAUUGAUGGAUCUUUGUGCCUUGCAUAUCAUGAAGGAUGUGGUUCUAAAUCAAAAAUUUCUGUUUGUUUGAAAAUGCUUGUGGGUGGAAGCAUCUGCAGCAACCUGGGAGCUUCCUGAAAGCCACUUUGGGCUGGGAUUUGCUGCUUUUGGGAUCUAUUUCCAACUCCUUCCCCUGCUGGCAGAGUGCAGUGUGUCCUGUUGGUAUUGCACUGAUUGGAAAUCUGAUUUAUGGGUGCUGUUUGUGAAGAUAUCAGGGAAUUGGUGGCACAGCUUUGUGCCCAAAUUCCUGAUUUCUUCGCCCACCCCACAGGAGAUUUUGGGCUGUUUCAGGAGGGUUGGUGGGCACUUUGCACUCCUGUAAAUCAGAUAGAAGGUGAUUUUUUACACACAAUUUUGUUGCUGUACUGACCACUGCAGCUGGGGAAGAAGUGGAAGGACCCUGCAAGAAGGUGAACGAUUUACAUUGCUGAAAAAUCUCAAAAAGUUGUGAUGACCAAUCAAAGUGUGUUACUGCUGUACCCCCAAAUGUGUGUAUAUAAAUAUAUGUGUAUCUCAACCACCUGGAACUGCAGAUCAUAGUUUGCAUGAUGUUAUAAAGAGGUUACUUGUCCUAAGAGUUUAUUUCAGAUGGGAGCAUCGGUAUUUUGUAUAAAAUUGGUCAAAUCUACCAUUUCCCCCUGCCCAUGGAUAUCUCUGUAAUGUAAAAGAAAUGUUGCUACUGAGACAGAAGAAAAAUGGCAUUAAAGGUGUCAGUAUAAUU